GCUAGCGUGCGCACAAUCCUAGCAGGUUCUAAAUUCCAAGACAUUGGCCAAACGAUCCACAAUGGGCUCCCCAUGACAUUUUGAGAAAUAUUGUCUUAAAUUCUGAUCCAGAUUCUGUCAUUUUAAGCUAAAAUUUGAGUUCGAAUGGAAGCGUUUUAAAAAAGCUUCCCCAACUAAUCGUGGCACCUCGAGAGUUGUACCCCGGAUCAACAAAUGACGUUAAUUAAUCAACCACUGAUUACGUACAGCAAUGCAUAAGAGAUUAAGUGUUCCAGUACGCCUACGUACCGGAAAUAUGGAAGACGAUACCGACCAUACAACUUUAACGAUGGCGCGCAGGACGUUCCCAUCGUUUUCUCAGCUCGUAAUAAUAUUGACAGGCGUGACCUUUGCGACCAUUUCGCCUCAAACCGACGACGAUGGCAGUCAAUACUAUGGAUCCGUCCUGCUGGAAGAAGAUUUGGAGAAGGUAAGGCAUCGGUGCGAAAAAGGAUCGGACAGAAAGGGCGAAAAGAAUUUCCGAAAUUUAGUAGAACUGCUGAUCGACAGAGGAAAUCAAGUCUACGCGAGGCGUUGGAGGGACAAGGAACUUGUACAUCAUCGCGAACCGUUGGGAGAUCACCACAGGCAAAGCUUGGAAGACUACAAGCGCCACAUUAAAGAAAUCCACGACCGAGGUGACUACAAGCUGCUCUCCGUUUUGAUUUUUGGCGAUCGAGGCGAAGACGACCUCAAGGGAUUCGUCCCGGAGGACGGUUUCUAUUUUCAGGAGGAGAAGCAGAAUGAACUCGGGCAGCCCGACGGUGCACUGAGGAAGGAAAUCGAAGAAAUUGUUAUGGAAAUCCUUGCAAACCGAGAUCAAAAGGAAGAUUCUGAAAACGAGAAGGACGUGAGUUGGUUGGUUCCUCCCGAUUAGAAGUGCUUUAAAUGAGUAGGUAAACAGAAAAUCCACCCAAACCAAAUUUUUUUGUUAGUAUCGUCAAAAAAACAC